GAAGCAACAUUUCCCCCACUUCACCCCACCUUCCCCUCUGGCACUCGGUCCUCCCCCAUUCUUGCUUGUUGGUCUUCCAAAUCCCCACAUUUCGGGUAGCCAUUUCAGUUCCUUACUCCAAGCACAGCCCAACAUUCCUGGACAGAACCUUGAUCCGACGCCAUGGCGAACGCUCGCUCUGGUAUGGCGGUGUCAAAAGAGUGCCUGGAUAAGUUUCACGAUCUUCAGAAGUCCCGUACUUACCGCUUCAUUACCUACAAGAUUGAGAAGGACGAGAUCGUAGUGGACACUUUUGGAGAACCCAGCAAGACCUACGCUGACUUCUCAGCCGCUCUUCCCGAGAAAGACUGCCGCUAUGCGGUUUUCGACUACGAGUUUGUUACAGACGACAACUGCCACAAGAGCAAGAUUUUCUUCAUCGCUUGGUCUCCUGACACAUCACCUAUUAAGAACAAGAUGAUUUACGCCAGCUCGAAGGAUACAUUCCGCCAGCAGCUUUCUGGUGUGCAAAUUGAGCUUCAGGCAACUGAUGCGUCUGAAAUGGACAUUUCCAUUAUCAAGGAUAAAGCCUCGAGGUGAAAUUUAUCGGCGGUCUAGAUCGCCUAGGACUAGCAUUUUCUUGCCCUCCUGUUUGCACUGAGCGAUUUCUCUCCUAGACUUGGCUUAGACCGUGGUGGACCUGUCUUGGUUUCAGAAAUGUUAUUGGUAUAUUUUAAUGUUGUGGAAGUUUGAGUUCACGUAGUAGCUAGCCGAGUAUAUGGCAUGAG